GACGCGGAAGCUUUGCUUUACGACUAUUAGAUUGAACGCGCUGGCCCGGCGUUUGCUGCUUGCUGUUUCUGUGAUCCACACGUGGGCUGCUGUCGGUCUUCCGGCCGGUAAUUCAUUCCUUUUGGUGUGGACCAGCCACAUUGAAGGACAGAGUGGCAGCGGAGGUCAACAGUCGUGAGCUGAUGAAUUUUGCUGGUGAAAAUGAAGAGACGUCGGGAGGUCUCCAGAGUGGAGCUGAGGGGGCGCGGCAAAGUCUCGAGACAGGUAGCGGGAGAGUCAGGGGGGUAGCAGGGACGGAGGAGGCCGGCGAUGGAGAGGCGGGGAAUGGACUGACUGGCAUGGAGAAGCCAGGGGAAGGAGAAGAAGGAAGUGGACUCAGGGCAGAGGAAAUGCCAGUGGACCUAACGGUUGUGAAGCAAGAAGUAAUGGACUGGUCAGAAAUGGAAGAAGGUAUGCCGAAUGACCUUCAGUGGGUAAAGCGGGAGGUAAAGGAUGAGCCCGAGGUGAAAGAGGAAAAACCUGGCGCAUUGGAGAUGAAGCAGAAGAUGGAUAGUAGUUUGAUGGUAAAAGAAGAGACUAUGGAAGAACCAGAGGUAAAGGAAGAGAAAGUGAACGUGAAAGAAGUAAUGUAUUGGCUAGAAGUAAAGGAAGAGAAGAAAGAUAACUUGGAGAUUAAACAGGAGGAGAUGUUUAUUGAUCAGAACAUUAAAAAGGAGGAAAUAAUGGAUGAAAUGAAUGUAAAAGAAGAGAAGUAUUUACCCAAAGAAGAAGUGAUGGUUGAUACAAAGGUGAAAGAUGAGUCUCAGAUAAAUCCCCCAGUGGGCUCCAAGCGGAAACUGGCCAUGUCAAGGUGUGAAACUUGUGGAACAGAAGAAGCAAAGUACAGAUGUCCACGUUGUAUGCGAUAUUCCUGCAGUUUGCCCUGUGUAAAGAAACACAAAGCAGAACUGACUUGUAAUGGAGUUCGAGAUAAAACUGCAUAUGUUUCAAUACAAGAAUUUACUGAAAUGAAUCUCCUAAGUGAUUAUCGAUUCUUGGAAGAUGUGGCAAGAACAGCAGACCAUGUUUCUAGAGACGCUUUCUUGAGAAGACCACUAAGCAAUAAACAUAUGUACUUUAUGAAAAAUCGUGCUCGAAAGCAAGGUAUUAACUUAAAGCUGCUACCCAAUGGAUUCACCAAAAGGAAAGAAAAUUCAACAUUUUUUGAUAAGAAAAAACGACAGUUUUGUUGGCAUGUAAAGCUCCAGUUUCCUCAGAGUCAAGCUGUGUACGUAGAAAAAAGAGUACCAGAUGAUAAAACUAUUAAUGAGAUCCUAAGACCUUACAUUGAUCCUGAAAAGUCUGAUCCUGUAAUUCGUCAAAGGUUGAAAGCCUAUGUUCGCUCUCAGACUGGGGUCCACAUUUUAAUGAAGGUUGAACAUAUGCAGCAAAACUUAGUAAGAUACUAUGAACUGGAUCCUGACAAAAGUCUCCUUGACAAUUUGAAGAACAAAGUGAUCAUUGAAUACCCAACAUUACAUGUGGUAUUAAAAGAAUACAGUAAUGACAUGAAAAUUCUUCACCAAGUGAAAAGUGAAUCUGCUAAGAACACAGGCAGCGAAAACUGAGCACUUCUUUUGGAGCAAGACCGUGGAAAUUCCCAGACACUUUUGGAGGACCAGCCGUAUUGAUGAUGUGAGGGUGUUGUCACUUGGUGGAUGGAAUUUUUUGUUUCUCUGAAAAGUAAUUAAACAAUGCGAAAAGAUUUUUCAA